AUUUUCGACAAAGAAAGAAAAAAAGACGACGCUUGCUUGUUUUGUUUGUCCAUUGCCACAUACAUUGAGCUGUUGAUUUGCUGAAAAAAAAAAAAGAAAAAUAUUACAACAGACAUCGCCAUAGCUUUUGCCUUUUUGGGGGCAUAUCCUUCAAGGGUCGGGGGAAAACAGUGCCCAGCAGGGUAACGGCUACAAUCAAUUCGAUCUAACGCAUCACAGCGCCCCGGCUAAAGCAAGAACAACCCUAAACUUCUGAAAUGCUGACCAGGCCCUAUUGGAAAAUGUUAUGGGACGCACGCAUCAAUCUCUGCAUUAACCACCCCAAAAUCGACGGCUGGAAAAUGCCCAGUUGCAUUUAACAUCAUCAGUCCGUCAUAUACUGAAUAUCUAUAUAUCUUAUCACUGUCUGUGUCAGCCAAUUUUGCCAUGAAUAAAAACUUGAAAAAGUUGUUGUUGAAAAAUAAAAAAACCCAUGAUGCUAUCAUGCGCCCCCUAGUUCUCUAGAGACACGAACUCUCGCCUCCAAACAAGCGCACGGUUGCUAUCUUGCGCCCGUCCCUGAUUCUCCUGCUCCCGUCUCUUACCGCGUCCGUGUAUCCUCGCUAGUCGUUUCCCCUAGACUCCCCCUUCCCUUCCUUUGUCCUCUGUUCUCCUGCUUGAAGCCUUGAACAUUGGUUGACGAUAAGAACACAAACUAGAGAAAGGAACAAGCGAACCAGCGCCACAACAACAAUGAAGCAUACCUCGUCUGAGGCAGCUCCGUCUUUAUCUUCAGCACCCUCUUCAACAGACCAAUCACAAUUUACCACUUCAUCGUCGUCGUUGGCUUCGCCGGACAAACCCGUUUUUGGUUCGUCCGCGCCUGCUCUGGAGGACUUGGCUGUCGGGUCAAGGGAUGGAAGCGGCGCCCAGGAGUCCGUGACCGUCGAACGCCGGGGCGACUACUCGGCCGUUUGCCGCUGGACGGUUCAUAAUUUUCCGCGAAUAAAAGCUAGGGCACUAUGGAGCAAGUACUUCGAGGUUGGAGGUUAUGAUUGCCGUCUCUUGAUAUACCCCAAGGGUGACUCUCAGGCCUUGCCAGGCUAUAUCUCCAUAUACCUCCAAAUCAUGGACCCUCGGGGCACUUCCUCGUCCAAAUGGGACUGUUUUGCUAGUUACCGGCUGGCAAUCGUGAACGUGGCCGACGAUUCUAAGAUCAUUCAUCGGGAUUCGUGGCAUCGGUUCUCGAGUAAGAAGAAAUCACACGGGUGGUGUGAUUUCACGCCUUCUUCAACAGUAUUGGAUCCAAAAUUGGGCUAUCUGUUUAAUGGGGAUUCGGUAUUGAUAACCGCUGACAUUCUUAUUCUUAAUGAGUCUAUUAAUUUUACUCGAGACAACAAUGAGCUGCAAUCAUCGGCAUCUUCUUCUUCAUCCAUGAUAUCUUCCUCUGUUGUCGCUGGCCCUGUCUCCGACGUGUUGAGUGGAAAAUUCACUUGGAAAGUGCAUAAUUUCAGUUUAUUCAAGGAGAUGAUAAAAACACAGAAGAUAAUGAGCCCCGUCUUUCCAGCUGGCGAGUGUAAUUUGAGGAUCAGUGUCUAUCAGAGCUCGGUUAAUGGGGUUGAAUAUCUGUCAAUGUGCUUGGAAAGCAAGGAUACAGACAAAACAGUGAUGUUGUCUGAUAAGAGUUGCUGGUGUUUAUUUCGAAUGUCAGUCUUGAACCAGAGGCCAGGUUCGAAUCACAUGCAUAGGGAUUCUUAUGGGCGGUUUGCGGCUGAUAAUAAAAGUGGUGAUAAUACGAGCUUGGGAUGGAAUGAUUAUAUGAAGAUGUCAGAUUUUAUUGGGCCUGAUUCAGGGUUUCUGGUGGAUGACACUGCAGUUUUUAGUACCUCGUUUCAUGUGAUUAAAGAGUUUAGUAGCUUCUCCAAGAAUGGGGCUUUAAUUGCAGGAAGAAGUGGGAGUGGCGCGAGGAAAUCAGAUGGUCAUAUGGGUAAGUUUACUUGGAGGAUUGAAAACUUCACAAGGUUAAAGGAUUUAUUGAAGAAGAGAAAAAUCACGGGUCUUUGUAUCAAGAGCCGGAGGUUUCAAAUUGGUAAUCGGGAUUGCCGUCUCAUUGUAUAUCCCCGAGGGCAGUCUCAGCCUCCAUGCCAUCUUUCAGUGUUUCUUGAAGUUACAGAUUCAAGAAAUAGUUCUAGUGAUUGGAGUUGUUUUGUCAGUCAUCGGUUGUCAGUUGUGAACCAGAAGAUGGAGGAGAAGUCUGUCAGCAAGGAAUCUCAGAACCGCUACUCCAAGGCUGCCAAGGAUUGGGGCUGGCGUGAAUUUGUGACCCUUACCAGUCUCUUUGAUCAAGAUUCUGGUUUUCUUGUCCAGGAUACUGUUGUGUUCUCAGCGGAAGUUCUUAUAUUGAAAGAGACAUCAAUAAUGCAGGAUUUGAUUGAUUACGAUUCUGAGUUGAGUAGUAGUGGUUCCCUUCCUGAUAGGUAUGUAAAGAGAAGGACAUUUACAUGGAAAGUGGAGAAUUUCCUAUCUUUUAAGGAAAUAAUGGAGACUCGAAAGAUCUUCAGUAAAUUUUUUCAGGCUGGUGGAUGUGAACUUCGGAUUGGUGUGUAUGAGUCCUUUGAUACCAUAUGUAUUUAUCUAGAAAGCGACCAGGCUGUAGGUAGUGAUCCAGAUAAAAACUUUUGGGUUAAAUACAGGAUGGCUGUUGUGAAUCAAAAGAAUCCAGCCAAGACAGUGUGGAAGGAAUCCUCUAUAUGUACGAAGACAUGGAAUAAUUCUGUUUUGCAAUUCAUGAAGGUGUCUGAUAUAUUGGAAGCAGAUGCGGGAUUUCUUGUUCGUGAUACUGUUGUUUUUGUCUGUGAAAUAUUGGAUUGCUGCCCUUGGUUCGAGUUUUCAGACUUAGAGGUUUUAGCUUCAGAUGAUGAUCAGGAUGCUUUGACAACUGAUCCUGAUGAACUUGUUGACUCUGAAGACAGUGAAGGAAUAAGUGGCGAUGAAGAAGACAUUUUCAGAAAUCUUCUUUCUCGAGCUGGAUUUCACCUAACAUAUGGAGAUAAUCCUUUGCAACCACAAGUUACUUUAAGAGAAAAGCUUUUAAUGGAUGCUGGUGCAAUUGCUGGGUUUCUGACUGGACUGCGGGUUUACCUUGAUGAUCCUGUGAAAGUAAAGCGUUUGCUUCUUCCAACCAAGCUCUCUGGUAGCUGUGAUGGGAAGAAGGUUGCUAAGGCUGAUGAAUCUUCCCCUAGUUUGAUGAAUUUGCUGAUGGGAGUUAAGGUCUUGCAGCAGGCAAUCAUUGAUUUACUUUUGGAUAUAAUGGUGGAAUGCUGCCAGCCUUCUGAAGGGUCCUGUGCUGCUGAUUCUCCUGAUGCAUGCUUGAAAACAUCUCGUGAUUGCAGUGGAGCUGCUAGUCCUCUUGAUUGUGAUAGAGAAAAUGGGGCAGCGGAAUCUGCUCAAUUUCCUGUUUAUGAGAGAUUGGAUUCUGCAGAUGAAGAAAGUAGUAGUGCAUCUGCUGUACACAGCUCUGAUUCAAACGGCAGUGUUAUUGAGGCGAAAGCUCUUCCUGGAAAACCUAUUUUUCCACCAGAAACAUCUGCUGUUGUUUCAGAAAAUCCAUCCUUUCGAUCAAAGACCAAGUGGCCAGAACAGUCCGAGGAGCUCUUAGGUUUAAUUGUAAACUCACUAAGAACCCUUGAUGGGGCUGUUCCACAAGGCUGUCCUGAGCCACGACGGCGUCCUCAGUCUGCACGCAAAAUUUCUAUUGUGUUGGACAAAGCUCCUAAGCAUCUGCAAGCUGACCUUUUAGCACUGGUUCCAAAAUUGGUCGACCCUUCAGAACAUCCACUAGCUGCCUGUGCACUUCUUGAGCGACUUCAGAAGCCUGAUGCAGAACCUUCCUUUCGAAUGCGUGUUUUUGAGGCUCUUAGUCAACUGGAGUGUGGUAGUGAAGUGUGGGAACGUGUUCUGUGCCAAUCAUUUGAGCUUUUGGCUGACUCAAAUGGUGAACCCCUUGCUGCAACUAUAGAUUUUAUAUUCAAAGCAGCAUCUCAAUGUCAACAUCUUCCUGAAGCAGUUAGAUCUGUUCGUGGAAGACUCAAAAAUCUAGGUCUUCAGGUUUCACCUUGUGUCCUUGACUUUUUGAGCAAGACUAUUAAUAGUUGGGAGGAUGUUGCGGAAACUAUGCUGAGGGACAUUGAUUGUGAUGAUGACUUGGGUGACAGUUGCUCAGCACUGUCAUGUGGACUUUUCUUAUUUGGUGAACAUGGCACUGCUCCCACUGGAUUGAAUGUGGUUGAUGAACAGGCUUUCCGAGCUAGUUGUUAUUUUUCUGAUAUUUACAUGCUGAUCGAGAUGCUAUCAAUUCCGUGUCUUGCUGUUGAAGCUUCUCAAACCUUUGAUAGAGCUGUAGCUCGAGGAGCAAUUGGUGCUCAGUCUGUAGCCUUGGUCUUGGAGAAGCGUGCCUCCCAGAGAUUGACUAAUAAUGCCAGAAAUGCUGCAGAAAGUUUUCCAUGUUCAGAUGUUGCGGAGGAAAAUGCCAAUGAACCCUUCGGAGUUCAAAGAGAUGAUUUUACUUCAGUUCUUGGUCUUGCUGAAACAUUAGCACUGUCCAGAGACCCGUGCGUGAAAGAAUUUGUGAAGUUACUUUAUAUGAUAUUGUUCAGAUGGUAUGCUGAUGAAUCUUAUAGAGGGACAAUGCUCAAGAGGCUUGUUGACCGUGCCACCAGCACUACAGAUAAUGGACAUGAAGUAGACUUAGAUUUGGAUAUUUUAGUUACUUUGAUCUGUGAAGAGCAGGAAAUUGCUAGACCUGUUUUGAGUAUGAUGCGGGAAGUUGCUGAACUUGCAAAUGUCGAUCGGUCUGCUCUGUGGCACCAGUUAUGUGCCAGUGAAGAUGAAAUCAUUCGUCUUCGUGAAGAAAAGAAAGCUGAGAUUUCCAAUAUGGCUAAGGAAAAAGCUAUUCUUGCCCAAAAACUGAGUGAAUCUGAGGCCACAAGUAUUCGUCUCAAGUCUGAAAUGAGGGCUGAGAUGGAUCGGUUGGCUCGGGAGAAGAAGGAGCUAGUUGAACAAAUACAAGAAGUUGAAAGUCAGCUUGAGUGGCAUCGUUCGGAGCGGGAUGAUGAAAUAGCAAAGCUCUCUGCAGAGAAAAAAGCUCUUCAGGACCGUGUGCAUGAUGCAGAGGCACAACUGUCACAAUUGAAGUCUCGAAAACGUGAUGAAUUGAAGAAAGUAGUCAAGGAAAAAAAUGCACUUGCUGAAAGAUUGAAGAGUGCUGAUGCUGCACGGAAGAGAUUUGAUGAAGAACUGAAAAGAUAUGCAACAGAAAAUGUCACUCGGGAAGAAAUACGAAAAUCGCUUGAGGAUGAAGUCCGUAGAUUGACUCAAACGGUUGGACAAACUGAGGAAGAAAAGAGAGAGAAGGAAGAGCAGGUUGCUAGGUGUGAAGCAUAUAUUGAUGGCAUGGAAUCAAAAUUGCAGGCCUGCCAGCAAUAUAUUCACACGCUGGAAGCUUCACUUCAGGAGGAAAUGUCACGUCAUGCUCCUCUCUACGGUGCUGGUCUGGAGGCUCUAUCAAUGAAAGAGUUGGAAACACUGUCACGUAUCCACGAGGAAGGGCUGAGGCAGAUCCAUGCCCUUCAACAGCGUAAAGGGAGUCCAGGUGGCAGUCCUCUUGUGAGUCCACACGCCCUUCCACACAAUCCUGGAUUAUAUCCCUCUGCCUCCCUUCCAUUGCCCGUGGGGCUCCCUCUUUCCCUCAUUCCAAAUGGGGUAAGCAUCCACGGCAAUGGCCACGUCAAUGGUGCAGUGGGGCCCUGGUUUAAGCACACUUGAUUGCUUAGGGUUUUAGUGCCGAAAAUUGAUCCUUUAGCAUUUAUUAUAGCUGGUUGAAAAGUUGUAGCAGGAUGUUGGGUAUGUUGAAUCGGGAAGAAAAAAAGGGUUUGGUGAAAUUUUGCGUAUAAACGUGAGCAAGGGAGUCCCAUGGAACUGGAGGCUGCAAAUACCAUUCUCAUUUGCUUCUUCCGUUUUUUUUCUCAAGGAAAAAAAUCACAGGUUUUUUUUUUUUUAAAUAUAGUUUCGAUACCCAUUUUUUUUCCAAAGUUGCUUCUUCCUA